AUAUAUUGAACACACUAGAGCUUUUAUGAAAAGAACUUAUUUUAGUCAACUGUUGUUAAUAUGUGGCACAUCUCGCCUCAUAUGUAAUCGAUCGUCUCUAUGUUCAGGGCUGUUCAUUCACCUCAAAUAUUUGACCACUUGGCCGUUUCAGUUAACUUCUUCAUGCACAAUGCUCUUACAUUUGGCGUUAUAAUGAUCCAAGAGGAUUAAAUGAAAAAUAUUUCGUAUCUCUGUACAUCUGCAAUUCUGAAAACACUGUUUUCCUGGCACAUUGAUGCACACGAUGCAAAAUACUGCAAAGGUCCACAUUUUUGCACUUUGAUCGACAGAAAUUCUGAUGACACCACUCUCGGUGUGUGAUAACUUCAGAAGGAAAGUUUAGGGAUGCUAUUAACUGACACAGGGGAGGUGGAAUCAUGCAAAGAAUGCUUUGCAGCCAUCUUCCAACUUUUCUGAAAGCAUCAAUACCCUUUUAGUUACUGAUCAUAUUGCAGCUUGUUACACAAAUCAGAAAUAGACAAACGCACGCGGAAGCUCUGCGGGACGGACGUUGUCUGUAAUUGGUGAAGUAACAUGCGUCUAAAUAAUCAUUUUACCAUUUUAACUUGGCUAUCCACAGUGUAUUUUAAAUGUAAUAACUAUUAAAAGUUCUCAAGUGAAUUAUUCAAACUGAAUGGUCAGAUUGGCGUUGUCACGUGUUACAUGUUACUUUUCAAAGCUGUGGCAGAAUGGACCAAUCACUGUCGGUUAUGAAUGAUGGAGUUUCAUCAUUUUGUGGCGUUUAAGGGGCAGAUUUCCAUUAGUAUUUCAGAUGCGCAUAUUUAAAAUAAAUUGAUCUAAACAAUUAUACUUUCUAGUGUACACAUGUAUCUAAUAAGACAAAAACAUUCUGAGAUUUCACUGAGGUUAAUUGAGAAUUCGUCUCUGUGAGCCGUCAAGCGCUCUCUUGAGGAUUAUAAUUUUACACAGCCGUAGCAGAGCCCGUCUACCAAUGAGUCUACAAGUGAGCAAUGGGGGAGCCGCUGUCCCCUCGAGAGUCCGGUCAGUUCGUGGCAGAGUGCAGUUGUGAUGUCUUCGUGGAUGAGGAGGGUGUUAAACGCGUGGCACAGAUGAUCUAUGAGCUCCGCCACAGUGAAGAGUUCACAGCCAGCGGCUGGAAGACAAUGAAUCCACUGGCUCCUCCACCGGACUCAGACGAGGCCAUCAAUUGGGUGUUUGUGACAGACACCAUGAACUUUUCCUUCUGGCCGGACAGAGAGGAAGAACAGUGUGAGGUCACAUGCAGGGGAAGCACCUAUCGAGGGUACAUGUCUCUCUGUGCAGCUGUCACCAGAGCUAUGGAUGAAGGAGUGCCCAUCACAAGCCCCGCCUACUUCUCUCAGAUCAGUGAGGCCGAGUUGGCGCAUGUCUUACGUUCAGACAGCGCAACAGCCAUGCCCAUGCUGAAAGAGCGUCACCAGGCGCUAACAGAGGCCGGACGAGUGCUCAUGGAGCAAGGCGGAUCUUUCCGCAAAUUCAUGAGUCAUUGUGAGAAUGAUGCAGAGAAGAUGGUGAAGUAUAUUGUGCAGAAUAUACCAUCAUACAGAGAUGAAGCCACCUACGAGGGUAAGCGGAUUUCAUUUUACAAGAGAGCUCAAAUCCUAGUGGCAGACUUCUGGGGCAUCAUGGAGGCCCGAAGGGAGGGGAACAUCCCUAAUCUUGACUACCUGACCAUGUUCGCCGACUACAGAGUACCACAAGGCCUUGUCUAUCUUGGGGCUUUACGCUACUCUGAUGCCCUCAUGGAGGCAUUGAAAAAUGGUGAAUUGUUGAACUCAGGUGAGCGGCGAGAGGUGGAGAUCAGGGGUUGCUCCAUUUGGUGUGUGGAGAGAAUCAGACAGCAUCUGUGGAAGCUUGUGGAAGAGAGAGAUGGGAAGAGCUGUCACAUCAAUUCAGCUCUUAUUGACUUUUAUCUGUGGCCGUACGCUAAAAAACAUCACAAAGAAAUGGCACACAUUCCAAUACAUCACACACGCUGCAUCUACUAUUGAUAACAUGAAUCAUAGAUCCAUGUCCUUUAUCCAAGUUUAUUUGCUGUUUAUACCUUUGAAUAAAGUUAUAAAGACUGGGUGGUAUAAAAUGUAUUCUUUGUUAACAAGAAAAAAAAAAUAAAAAAUUUUCAAUGUUAUAAAU